GCGUCACUGUUUUUGACACCUCGGUCUGGCUGGGUGGGCUGUGGGCGCUGUUCCGUUGGUGGUGUGACGCAGAGGAGAGAUAUCCGAGGUUUGACGAAGCCAUCGUCACCACCAUCGCCCUGCCACCCGAGUGGUGGGAUUUCCUUACACGUUUUUGUCAUGCAUAAUGGCCCACUGACACCCCCCACUCACUCAUUUCAUACUAACAUUUUACUACGAAUGGCUUUUAAAAAACCCCCAUGACUUCCUUUUACAGUCCAGUUAUUAAAUCCCCUACUGUUUUUGGAUAUCUUUCUACACAAACAUCUGCUUCCUCAAAUAUUGAAUGUCGCUUUCACUUUCUACAGUAUGAGCCACGGGUCACAGUGGAGAAUUCGCGGGGAAAUUUAGCCGCCGCCUGGGGGAGUUUCCAUUGCAGCGGAGGCGGAGUAAACCUCAAGGGUCUGAUUUGCAAGUGAGGGCUUGUAGUCUCGAUCAGUACAAGUAGGCUGUACAAAGUCUUUGUACAGUCGUGUAGACUUUGUUUACAACUUUGCUCCUCUUUUCUUUCUCUACAGCAACACAGCACUAUGGCGUUUCUGGAGCUGAGGGACUCCAACAGUCGCUUCAGGUUUUCUCAGUCCUGCGUGGGUUUGGCCGGUUGCCUGUGUGUCUGCUACGCGGUCUGGACACCGUUCUGGCUGAAGGACCGGGGUCUCUGGACAGCGGGGAAUAACACUAAAAGUGACCAGACAAGCAGUAGAGAUGGUUUUCUCUUCAACGUGCUGGAAGCAGAGAGAGUAUUUGGAGUUCUUUCCUUCCUCAUGGCCGCCAGCACUGGUGCUUUGUGUCUGGUGUUCGCCCUCUGCUGGAGAUCUGAGACGGUGCACUCCUACUCCAACACGCGCUCCCUCCUCAUGGCAGGACAGGCCCUCUACCCCUCAACGCUCCUGUUGCUCACCAUGGCCUCCACAGGAUUCUGUUUCCUCUUCAGCUGGUCUCUCUUUACCCAUCAGCACCGGGAAGAAAUACGCCAAGACUUUUCCAGCCUCGGCUCCUCCUAUUGGCUCGGAGCUUUAGGCUGGGUCCUGCUGUUAGUCCUGGAGACGAUAAUCUUUGUAGCCGAGCAAGCUGUCGUGCCUGACAUCCUGCCGGACUUGGAGAGGGCCGUGGAGUCCGUUCGGAUUUCCCAUCCAACGAAGGCCGCACUACGCUCCUGCAGCGAUGGCUAUUACCCUUGUAACAGCAAAAGAAACAUGGCUCCCAAGAGCCUCAGUUAGAGUGCAAGGACGUGACCGGGGAAAAGGUUGGGAAUGUGCUAGCAACACAUUAAAGCACACAGACUCAAUGAGGGAAACCAGCAAUUACUCGCCGCUCCGUACAAGCAGAGUGAAUAUGGAUGAACUGUGGACAGAGUUACGUUUUCGCCAGAGGAAUCACCUCUUCAGUGGGACUGAAGCGUCCAGUGUCCCAAAGAGCCGGUGGUCAUUCUCCAGUUUGUCACCGGUACCGACCGACUUUACGUCAAACACACUAAAAACACUAAGGAUGAAAUGCUCGAGGGCAACUGUUUUCUAAUAAAGUCAAUGUGAUCGAUUUCUUGAAGCUUUCUCAGAGUUUAGGAUCCAGUUGUGGAGGCUUUUCAGUUGAAUCAUGGUAAAUAACACACUCACUAAAAUGCCAACUCAUACUAAAUUUCAGCGGUUGCUGUAAUAUAGUUGUUGAAUGUUAAAACAGCGCCGUAUUGUGGACAUUGAAAUUAUCGUGAGUUGCACAUUGAGGGAAAAAAAGCAUUGCGUGGCCGUACCAGUCCAUCAAUCAAUGAUCCUCUUUUAUUACCACUUUGUUUGUCAUAUGACACAAUAUAGCAAGCUCAACAAGUCUUACUUUGACUGCGCUGGCCGUGCGCUUUCUACACCGUUUCACAGCUAAAGUCAAAAGGUCCGUCUGUCCAUGAGGUGGUAUCAGAGAGCAGGAGUAACGGGUGCUCAGUCUGAGCGUGAUGUUUAACCACGUACCUGCCAGCAGGAGGUGCACGUGCAGUGCGUGUGCGUUUCCGGCGUGCAGGCCCCAGCUCUGCGCCUUGUUUUGACCAGCCGACGGCCUCCGGAGCCGUUAUUUACUUUUCCUGUCACACGUUCCCUGGAGGAGAGGAAGCACUCCGAUGCUGGACUGCUUAUGUUGAUGUUCUCGACCUGCCAAAGUGGGGGAGAAUUAAGCGGCUCUGGCUCCGUUAAUUGGGCGUUAAUCAGGUGUUGCUCUAAUUAAAAGGCAGUUCCGCCGAGCUGGGCCUUGUUAAUGAGUUUGUCAUUAAAUCCACGGUGGAUUUUUGCCUCUUUUUUUUAAUUUACAGACAGGAUAGUGCUUAAUUGCGGUGUAAAUGAGGGGAAUGUCCUUGAAGGUCGCCUUGCCUCAGCGCAUCCAUGUGGAGAAUCGUUCCAAAGAGCUUCCCCCACCCAAACCUACUACAACUUACUACAAAUUGAUUCAAUUCACUGUGUUGACCUCCCGUUUCCAGCUGCGCCUCUCAGUGGCAACUUCACUAAAAAGGAGCUCCACCAUUUGCUAAAUUGAGGGAGCAGUCACACUCCUUACUUUUCAAAAUGUAAUUUGUAAUGAGUAAUUUCUGAAUUGAUUUCUUUUCCCCCGGCAGCGACUGUCUCGGCCAAAACAAGCAUACGUUCUUCCAUAAAAAUAAAAAAAUAACCCGCUUUUCCACCACCAACACAAACGCUACCCCCCCUCCCCCCCCUUUCAGACCAAAGGAUGAGAAGGCCUCGGCAGAAAGCGAGACCCAAAUCAACGCGGAGAUAGUAAGACGUUUAGGCGCACAGGAUGAAACCACAGAUGAAUAGUGGGAGAUGUUACGCACUGAUAGACGGGUGGCCUGAUAGACACCGAGAGAUCGCGGGUGCUGAUUGUUGAAGGGCAUUCGCGACAAAGACAUCAAUCAGAAGAUGGCUCCAAGAUUGGGCAGCAUGUGUUGAACACAGCCUGGGAUAAACCACUGCUCUUCAUAUUAAUUAGAGACCAAUUAUACAACCAUGUCCUACUAAUUAUGCUGCACUGCCACCCCCCCCCCUCCUUCCCCCCAAAGUGCAUGCAUCCCUUUUCUCCCGCAAUUGUGGUUGUGUUCAUUGAGAUAAAUAAAUAAACUUGCCGUCUGCCAAGGCGAAGCAUCCUUAAUCAGUGCUGUGUGCGAGCGUGCUGUUGUUUUCCGCUCGGCCUUUUGGUGGUGCUGGUGUGACAUCUAUUGCUUUUGCUUCAUGCAAUGAAUUCUGGCCAAAAAAAAUGUUGGAGACGUUGCUCUCAUUCGAUUUGAGUAAUGAAAUCACAAUAAAAAAAGCUCUCCGUC